UGGAGGAGGAAGCCGCGCCGGCGAGCGCGCAGGCCCAGAAGCGAGCAAGCAGCGGCUGCCGGCGACGCCCCAGAGCGGAAGAGGGAAGUGAGUCGCGCCGGGCUGGGCUAGCUGAGGGAGAAGCACCGCCGAGGAGAAGACAGCGUCGCGUCGGGAUCCGGGAUGUCGAAGAACACGGUGUCGUCGGCCCGCUUCCGGAAGGUGGACGUGGACGAAUAUGAUGAGAACAAGUUCGUAGACGAAGAGGACGGCGGCGAUGGCCAGGCCGGGCCCGACGAGGGCGAGGUGGACUCAUGCCUGCGACAAGGAAACAUGACAGCUGCUCUCCAGGCUGCUCUGAAAAACCCCCCUAUCAACACAAAGAGUCAGGCAGUGAAGGACCGGGCAGGCAGCAUUGUCUUGAAGGUGCUCAUCUCUUUUAAAGCUAAUGAUAUUGAAAAAGCCGUUCAGUCUCUGGACAAGAAUGGUGUGGACCUCCUAAUGAAGUAUAUUUAUAAAGGCUUCGAGAGCCCGUCUGACAACAGCAGCGCUGUGUUACUACAGUGGCAUGAAAAGGCACUCGCUGCUGGGGGAGUAGGGUCCAUCGUUCGUGUUUUGACUGCAAGAAAAACCGUGUAGUCCAGCUGGAACUGGACGUCGUUCACAGGAGUGGGAGUUGCUGGUACAAAGACCAAAACAACCAAAUGGCACCGCUGCCCUGUGGGUAGCAUCUGUUUCUCUCAGCUUUGCCUUCUUGCUUCCUUUUUCAUAUCUAUAAAGAAGAUGAUUACAUAUCAGUUUCCUUUCAUGAAAAUUGAAAUAAUGUGGAGAAAAUUUUGUUUCAAUGGCUGUGUUUGAUCUUUUCAUAAUCAUGUCAAUAAUGUGUAUGCCCUUCUGUAAUUUAUACUCAAGUUUGAUUGUGCAAUUUUUAACUCUGUUGGCUGGUUUAAUGGUUUUACUUUAUUUUAACCAAUACUGAGAGAUCUGAUCAAAUUUGAGGCCAGUUUCAUAACUCAUUGCUAAUCAGGAAGUGA